UGGGGAAAGCCGAGUGAGCUACUACUACGGGUUGGGUUUUAGAAAGCCAACCCAACCAAACAAAUCUCAGAAAAACCGUGCGCAUUUUAUCAAACCAUAAUUGAAAAUAUCCACCCUGCGCAGGAGGUUUUGGUUUCCUGAUUUCUGCGCAGAGAAACAAUUGUUUGGCAGCCAGGAAACAGGAAAAAAAAAAAAGGAAGAAAAAGCUUAUUUGCGGUUUCAGUUACCGAGGCUGAUUGAUCUAUAAUGAUGUCCUUUUAUUGGUACUGCUUAUCUUGGGCUUGUUGAAGUAUAGAUAAAGAUGUUUAUGAAAGUGGAAUGAAUCAUCAAGUGAUCUUCCACUGCAUGCUAAAAUCUUGGAUAAAAAUGGGCUGGUUUUUUUGGAGGUAUUGAAGCAUGCCUACUGGUGCACUGCUUCAGAAAGAAAUCCAGCAAUGUUGAUACAAGAUAUGUUUUUUGAAGUGGAAUUGCAAAGGAAUGUGAAGCUACAUGCUAGAAACUUGAAUAAAAAUGGACUGGUUUCACAGACGUCCAUACUAGCAUGCCUACUCAAGGACCUGUUUAAGGAGAAAGCCAGUGAGGAUCAUGGUUACUUUCUAGCUGUAACUAGCUUGAGAAGUAUAGGUAAAUGUGAUGUUAUUGAUGAGUCAGGAAAUAUGGUUUUCACAGUAGUGUUUACUUGUCGGACCUUCAAGCCCUUCAAGGGAGAAGUAUUGCAAGGAGUUGUACGCUACAUAUCUCAACACGGUGUGUUCUUGAGAUGUGGACCAGUCAGAAAUGCUUUUCUCUCAGCUUGGAAAAUGUCGAAUUACCAAUAUAUUCCUGGUGCAAAACCAGUCUUCAUAAGUGACGAGCUUUCAAAGAUAGAGAAGGAUGUUGUGGUUUGUUUCUUGGUGCUUGCUGUAAGAUGGAUAAAUGCAAGUAGGGACUUCGAGAUGCUUGCCAGUGUAGAUGCUGAUUCACUAGGACCAGUUUCAUUGCCAGGGUCUGAUGAAUUGGACCUCUGAAUGAAUGGUUGUAGCAAAAUUUAUCCUGGUUACAUUUGUCGUCAUGGUUUCCCAGUGAUGAAGACAUGAUUCUGGGAAAUGCAAGCAGUAUAUGUGUACAUUGCUAUCUUGGAGCCUUGUAAAGAUUAGGGGUCCUCCUGUACGUGGAAUAUUUGGCUGGUAUAUAGUUUUAUCACAAAGAAGUCAACUUAGGCAUUCUCUCUAUAUUGGAAUUCUGUAGUAUGAACAAAUGAGCCAAUGGGAAUGCAUGUUCUUUUGUCAUUCUGCAUGAAAUGUGGAUAAUUUUCAGAUUACCUUUGAUAAUGGAAGGAAUUAUGGUACUUCCUACUUUGAUGUUGAGUGAGAAGAAUGUGAAUUUCAGUGAUUCAUGUCCUGCAACAUGAUAAUGUUGUUCUGAUACAGGUGUUAUAGGAAUUUUAUAUAUCUGCAAUCUACCAAGGCACAAUUGUGUAAUUUAUUAGAAUUAAU